AUGACACCUAACUGCGUUUUGCAGUGGAAUCCAUCAUAUUGUGAUACAAAGAGAAGCUGUUGCUACCCAACCUAUGGAAAACCUGCAACAGAUUUUGGUAUUCAUAGCCUAUGGCCGUAUUUCGCCAAUGGUUCAUACCCACAAAAUUGCAAUAAGAUCCACAAGGCAGUCUAUGAUGAAGCUAUAAUUUCAGACCUGAUUGGUAGAAUGCAAAAAGAUUGGCCAAGCUUGUCAUGUCCAAGUACUAAUGGCACAAAGAUCUGGAAGCACGAAUGGACAACACGUGGCACUUGUUCAGUGGCUACACUCGAUCAGCAUUCAUAUUUUGAAGCAGCUUUGAACAUGAAGGAGAAAAUUAACAUCAUUCAAAUUCUCAAGAAUGCAGGAAUCAAACCAGGAGGAGUUUAUAGCAUGUUUGACAUUAAAGAAGCUAUAAGAAAGGUAACUGGACAUGAAGCAGGUAUACAUUGCAACAAAGACGCAGUUGGUAAGUCGCAGCUUUACCAAGUUUAUGUUUGCGUUGAUCCAUCUGGUUCGAAAGUCAUUGAAUGUCCAGGGAUUCCCAUGGGAAAAUGCAAAUCCACCAUUAAGUUCCCUUCAUUCUAG